ACCCUCGGAUUUCCUAUUUUACCCCUGACUUUUUCCCACUUUUACAUUUUCGCCCAAUAUUUCCUCGAAAAUUUCGCAGAUUACACACUGCCUUUCGCUCUACAAUUCUUCGUCUCCAUCUGAUUCUUCACUUUAAUUUGUAGUUUGUGUUUCGUUCUUCGGUUCGGUUAGUGGGUUCUUCUUUGGAUGAUUCAGUAAUCUGAAAAGUUUCAAGAUUUUGCGAUGAAAUCUUCGACCAGGCUUGAUUCAGUUGUGUUUCAGCUCACUCCCACUCGAACCCGGUGUGAUCUGUUGAUAAUAGAUAAUGGAAAGGCUGAGAAGAUAGCUACAGGGUUGCUUGAUCCUUUUCUCGCUCACUUGAAGACUGCACAAGAUCAAGUUUCUAAAGGUGGCUACUCCAUUGUUCUCAAGCCUAAGGAUAGUGACAAUGCGGCUUGGUUCACUAAAGCAACAAUUCAAAGGUUUGUUCGCUUUGUGAGCAAUCCGGAUGUCCUAGAACGUGUUUACACUUUAGAAACUGAGAUCAUGCAGAUGAGGGAAGCAAUUGGUAUCCAGCACAUCUCUGAAGUAGCAUUAACUGUUCAGGUGGAAGACGACAAUCUACGAGCAAAAAGAGCAGAGAGUACACAAGAAUGUGAAUCAGGUAAUAGGCCAUUGCUAAAGUUCAACGAGGAGAAAGCCAUUGUCCUUUACGAGCCAGAUUCACAUCCAAAGCAAGCAAACACAUCAGAUGAAAACUCUAAAGUUCAAGUUCUGAAAGUUCUGGAGACAAGGAAGAAAGUGUUGCAGAAAGAACAGGGAAUGGCAUUUGCACGUGCCGUGGCAGCCGGUUUCCAAGUUGAUGAUAUGCUUCCUCUUAUAUCUUUCGCCAAAUCCUUUGGAGCCUCACGUUUGAUGGAUGCCUGCUUAAAAUUCAUGGACUUGUGGAAGAAAAAGCACGAAUCUGGUCAGUGGCUUGAAAUCGAAGCAACACAGCCAAACAUCUCUCCAAAGAACGCCUCAGGGACUAUGUUGGCAAAUGCUGCUAAUAUGCGUAGGAACUCGUGGCCUGGGACACCUGAAAAUAAUAAUGAUGUGAAGUCUCCUACAAAUGUAAAUAAAGAACAUGUGCAAGGGCAGCAUCCACAGCCUAUGUAUGCACCAUGGCCAGUUCACUCUCCGCCCGGGACUUUUCCAGUGUUUCAAGGAUAUACAAUGCAGGGCAUGCCUUACUAUCCAUAUCCAUCACCCUAUCCCUCUACGGAUGAUUCUAGGCGUAGCUCUGGCCAAAGAAAGGCUAAGAAACAUCACUCAUCUUGUAGCGAGGACUCCUCCGGAUCAGAAGAAGAUCAGGGCAGAGAGAAAGGAAAAUCAGGUAGGAGAAGGAAAUCAGGGAAGGUGGUGAUUCGGAAUAUAAACUACAUUAAUUCGAAGAAGAAAGAUCAUUCAGGAACAGAAUCUGAUGCUGAAGAAGGGGCGAUAGUAGUAGAAUGUUACAAUGUUGGUAAAGAGAGAGAAACAAAAGGGACAGAGGCUGACACUGGGGAUUGGCAGGCCUUUCAAACUUUAUUGUUGCAAGAUGCUGAUAGAGAAGAACGUACCGUUGACCACAUGAUGGAGAAGGAUAGGCAAGGUACAUGGAAAUAUGAUGAUCCUUUGGCUCUUGACAAACGUGAAGCAGAAGAAAGAUAUCAAGAAAGGGAUACUCAAAAUGGAACUGUGACUCGUAGAAUUAGGGGAUCUAGUGACUCUUUUAUGGUUCACCAGAGAGAAAAUGGUUUUGAGAAUCCUUCUGAUCCUCUCAACUUGAAUGGUUUUGAUAAUCCAGGGAAUGGUCUGGAUAAAAGAUCAUCAUCAGUUAACAUGGAUGAUGAUUCUUAUAUUGUUACUCGGGAAGCUGGAAGCAGUACUCGAAAUGCUUUAGACAUUGGACCAGAGAUCUCUUCGUACCACCAAGCUGAUGGAAGUGAAAGAAACAAGAUCAGUUAUGAGCCUCAUGAUCUGAGUCUGAUGCCAGAGCGAGAAACAGAGAAGUUAUCAGCUGGCUAUGAUCCUGCACUAGAUUUUGUUGGUUCCAAAGCUUUAAAGAAAAAGAAUAACAAGGAAGCUGGAGUUACAAAGAGAGAUCCAACAACAAGACUGUCUAAUGAUGCUGCAGAUAAGAGGAAGGCUUCAGGGGUAAUACGGAAAGGAAGACCCACAAAGAUGAGUCCUUUAGAUGAAGCAAGAGCACGAGCUGAUAAGCUUAGAAAUUUCAAAGCUGAUCUUCUGAUCAUCAAAAAGGAAAAGGAAGAGGAAGAGAGGAAACGCAUCGAAGGUCUGAAAAUAGCAAGACAGAAGAGGAUUGCUGCUAAAAGCAACUCAACUGUAGUAGGCCAGUCACAGUUAUCUGCUCAACAAACAAGAAAAAAUUUGUCAAACAGAUUUUCUCCUGGCGCUCCUAGAGCCUCUAAGUUUAGCGACACAGAACCAGGAUCAUUAUCAUCACCUCUUCAACGCCGUCUUCCUAUAAGAAGUGCUUCUUUAGGCUCAAAUGAACCUCAGAAAGUUCCGAAGAAUAGUAAACUGAGUUCUGGAAGUAAGUCAACAGGUAACAGGCUAACAAGAUCAAUAUCACCGCUACCUCCAUCUAAGAGAGAAAACAUAGCAUCAAGUAACAGGCUAACAAGGUCGACAUCACCGUUACCUCUUUAUAAGAGAGAAACCAGAAUCAGUCUUGAUAGUCAGAACGAGUCUGUUUCAAGGACAAGACCCAAAAUGGGUAGUGCACCAAGUUCUGCAGUGAGGUCACUGCACAUGGCAGGAAGUAGGCUAACAAGGUCGAUAUCACCAUUACCUCUCUCUAAGAGAGAAACCAGAGUUAGUCUUGAUAGUCAGAACAAGUCAGUUUCAAGGACAAGACGAUUAUCAGAACCUAAAACGGGUAAUAAUAGUGCACCAGGUUCUGCAGUGAGGUCACUGCGCACAAUAGCAUCCAAAAAAGCAUCUGAUGCUCCGGAGACAAAGAAAAUAUCUGCCAUUGUUAACUAUGAUAUAGCGAAAAUCGCCUCUCUUCCAGAGCUGAAGAUAAAAGCACCAAAAGGUCCUAACAAUGUUCUAGUGAAAGGAGCAGAGAAAAUUAAAUCUUCAGCUUUUGAGAUUGAACCAUUUGGUAACAAGAACAAACCCUUGUCCCAAAAUGCUGUUGAUGAAACUCCAGUGAUUGAGAAGACAGUGGUGAUGGUGUUGCCAAGUUCAGCUCGAAGUAUAAGUGCAGCUCAGACGGAGGAGUCCAAGUUAGUCCCUGGAUACUCCACCAUCUAUGACUGUUGUCCUUCUGCAGGAGCUGAUAAGAAAGCUGUUGAAACAAUGCAGGAGAGUGGCAAUGAUCUGGUCUUAAUUAGACCGGAAACUCUGAGUGACUUGAUAACAGAAACACCAAAGUUUCUGACAGUUCAAAAUGUUGUUGAGAAACCAUAUGAAGCUCCCCAUGCUCGGGUUUCUUCGUUAGAAGUUCCAGGUAACUCAGUGUGUUCCCAAGCACCUGGACCAAGCUGUCAUUCAAAUGAAACAGCGCAAGAAACUGUCAAAGCUCUUGCAGCGGAGAAGAAGAUGAGUGAGGCCUUGGAGAAAUCUCAAUCAAAGGAGUCAGCAACAAAAGGGCUUAGAAAACUGUUGAAAUUUGGAAAAAAGAGUCGGUCUUCGUCUACAGGUAAAUACCAUACCAAGUCUAAUAGUGCUGCUGCUGUCAGUAGCAACAAGGAUCAUGAAUCAGCUGUAACUGCUGCUACGACAAGUGAAGCUUUUACACUGAAGAAUCUCAUAUCUCAAGAUGAAACACCUACAGCAGCAACUGCUUCACAGAAAUCUUCUCGCCAUUUUUCAUUGCUCUCUCCCUUCAAGAACAAGAAGAGAGUAUCAUGAAGACAGAGAUCAAUAUCUACAUUUACAGUCUUCAAAUCUUGUAGUGGCUGAGUAUUUAUAAAGUAUCCAUCGAGCCUCUUCCCAGUAUUUAUGAACACUUUAAUUCCAAAAGCAAUGAAAUGGAUGCAAUUGUCAACUGAUAAAAUAUUAUUAGUGUUGUUCUAUUUUAUCUAAUCUACUAGAUUUUUAGGGUAUAUUUUUUGUUUUACAUUUUUGUUGAAAUUUAAUUUUUAUAUUUGUAUUUUUAGUCAAUAUAUGUUUUUCUUUGUAUAAUAUUUAUCUUAAAUGAUUAAUAAAAAGUUUUAAUAAUUGUAGUAAAAUAGUUGGACCACA